GAUUCCUUGUAUUCAGUUGUCUACAGCAGUCGGAUUCUUAGAAAAGUCUGGUGGUCCUGUCUGCUUCUUUUGGAGACACCGACUCGAGAAGGAUCUAGUGCUGUCGUCGACAGUUGUCCUCGGACGUCGUUGGGUUGAAGAACUCGCCGCUGCUAGACAAAGCUUCAUCCCUCUACGUGCUGCUCAGUUCGCAUUUCACUUUUUUUUUACAGUCUACGCAAAAACCGUCAAGAUGAACGUCGGUGGGUACAAGUCCGCCUCCGUAAGCAGCGAGGUAAUGCCUAAUUGGCAAAACCAUGAGCACGAUCAUCGCUUUCGGAGCCCCCACUGCCUCAACUUAUGAAUGGGCUAUAAUUAUCAGCAAUUAAACUGAUCGUCAUCUCACAACUACAUCCUGGUUCUGUUUUGCAAUCGGAGAAAUUAUCUAUCAACUCAUUUUCCUGUAACUACGAGCAUCUUCCAUGACCUUUACUUCCUCAAGCACUUCUUUCUUCCACUCAAGAAAAUUCAAAUUGUCUUUUUUUACGAACAUUCUGUUUUAUGAUCAUGCGAAUACGUACCUUACUCGCUUUACCACUUAGCGCUAAUCUUUCCAUGUUACGACACUGUGGUGUUAACGGUGGACGAGAAUACGGAGAAGCUGACGUCUAUAGAGAGGAUUCUGAGUGCAGAGCCGUUUUUGGGCAUGACGCUGAAGUGGAACCUUGAAAGCCCGGAUGCAGGCAGAAAGAAGAUCAACUUUAUAGCGUUAGUCGCAAUAGCAGUACCCACGAAGGUCUACAUCUUCCGCACGCACAAAGAUACGCGGCUCCCGGCCUUCUUAGUGUGGGCCCUCAGGGAGAAGAAAAUCGCAAAAUGUGUCCUUGGCAAGGACAUGGUCUUGCAAAAAGUAAAUCAGCGUAUGCAGAAAACCUUCGAGAAUACACCAAAAGAACUCCAGGAAUGCCGAAAAUGGGCAAGGGAAAACCUCAAAGAACGAGGUGGCGAAAAAGUAGAGCCUGAGGACAGCAACGACCCAGACGACGAUGAGUUUCUCUGGUACUGAUAAUACAACUGAUUGUGAUUUGUGAAUAGAUAUAUUUAUAAUGUUCAUGAUGUGAAAAUUUCUUCAGAUUCAGAUUUCUCUCCUUCGUAAUAAAUACAGGAAAAAAAAUUGUUGUCCAACGUACUGAUCCAAGGUACUGUGCGGAAUACGCGUUGCCGCACAACCGAGCUACGGAAAUGGGCAGGCAAGUUGCGGAGUCGGUAUUAUAAACUAACCAGACACGACGGAUUCGUAUCAUCUGUCAGACUCAGAUCAUAUAUAUAAGAAUUCAGUUGCGUGCAUGUGCUACGAAAACGAAGUAGCAAGUUAGCAGGCUUAAGUAGACAAUAUUGAUAUUCAAACUUUCAGGUCGAGCAAUCCGAUUGGGAAACAGAGAAGCUUACGGAAGCGCAGCAGAGAAAAGCAGCGGACGACGCCUACUACGCUUUGAUGGUAACAUACAUGAUCUUGAUCUUCAUUUUCUAAAUCGUCGCUGCUCUGCUAGAAGAGGCAAGUAACAUGACACAACAGCAUUUGGAUUUACAUGUCGGUACCUGCAGUUUGUUACAACAGAAAUGUCUUUAACUUUAUCUUUAUGACGCUCACCGGAGGCGUUGCACAGUGCUCCGGCCUGCCCUCGAAGGUGAGACCUAUGGGGCUGACACGACGACGAUAGCGCCGUCGCUUAAUUGGUUUUAGCAGAUAGCAGGACGCGACGCUUGGCGAUAAUUACCCUUUUCGCUUUUCUCUCUUCCUCUGGUCUUUCCUUUUUCUAGUCAGGUCGGCUCCACCACAAUUUAUUGCCGAUCACUCUGCACAUUUCAUCUGCAGGUUUUCAUGUCUAUGCGAAUGCGAAAAGAGAGGAGGAACCCACGUAGGAACCGAGAAAUGGACGACGAAAUUGAUAAGCGACAGCGGAAUAAAGGAAAGGGAAUAUGCGUGAAAGCCGAAACCGAUUCGACUCUCAAAGGCAAGGGAAUAUGCCCUCCUGGCAUGCAGCCGUCUCCAAUGGGUAUGGGAAUGCCACCGGGUGGUACCUUUUCGGGUUACCUAAGUAGCGUCGUAGGUCCACCUCCACUGAUGCUAAUACUAUUUAUUAUUAUCUUUUCUUGACGUUGAACAAGAUUAUUUUUCACAAUUUCUCUGCAGCUGCAUUAUUCAUCCAAUUUUUCUAUCAGGUAUGAUGGGUGGUGGAGGGGGCAAGUUUGGCGCGCCCUCUCCUUUUCCAGGCAGCAAACCACUAGCACUCGAAAAUGAACCACGUGGACUUUACCCAACGACUAGUACAGGAAGUACAUGAAUAUGAAUUUCGUCAAUUUGUCUAACAGGACCAAGUUGUAGUUCUUGAACAAAAUGACGUGACAAACAUGAAAAAUUUGGUGACUACUGUAGUGACUGUAUGAUCCAGAGAAUCCCAUUUGAAAAAAACAAGGUCCAGGAUCCUUGGGUCCCCCAGGAGGUCCGCAUAUGGGUAUGCCACCUCCAGGGAAGGGUGCUCCUUCUCCAUUUGGCCCGAUGCCGGGAAUGAACGACGAUCUCAUGCCAGCCUUUAGUCUUGGUGGACCGCAGUCCCUCUAUGGCAGCAGCGCCAGUGGCAUGCAGGGCAUGCCUCCUCCUGAAAGUGGAAUGAAUAGCAAGGGCGGCGCGCCCGGUCCUCCGUUUCACCAAGACCCACACGCCGGGCACAUGGUUCCGCCGUUUGAAUACCAACCUGGAGGCCCGCCAAACGGCUUUCUCGAUCAUCACACUGGCUACAAUCGGCUCCCGGGCGGACCGCCAUGCGGAGGCCCGCCGCCACCGGGUAAACCUCCGGGAAGCUUCAAUCAAGUGGGCCCUGACGGAGUGGGCAGUGGCGGCAUGCUUCCUCCGGGCGCUUACGGUGGACCACCGCCUUCAGGUCCGAAUAGUGGUGGGAUGAACGCACCCCAAGGCGGAGGCCUAUCUUCUUCUGCAGGCGGAAACGCGCCGCCGCCAUCCUCAAAAGGUGGCGAUGCGCCGCCUCCGGGAAGCAGCAGCGGUGGAGUACCGCAUCCGGGAGGACCACCAUACGGCAUGAUGUCGCAAGGUGCGCCACCCCCGCCAGAUUCCGGACCCGAAAAUGGGCCGCCUUGUUUCGGAGGUUCGAUCCCGUUUGGAAGCAAAGGCUCAUCACCAAAUGCAGUCGGCGGUCCGCAUCCUUUUUACAAUAUGCCUGGAGCAACUGGGCCUUCCGGCGCACCACCACACCCUUAUGGAAGGAAUUACAGACGUCAAUCAACUACUUGAUGUUGUAGGCUUAAGUUUUACAUCUCUAGUGCGUCCAAUAACUUAAGUAAACUUCUGAAUGGAAUAUAUAACAGAGUAGUUUAUAGCACGCAUGGUGCAUGGAGUAGCAUGGAGUGCAUGGAGCGCAGAGCUUUAAGGGGCGCAAGAAGCUCCCCCUUUAGCUCCAUGCUACUCCAUGUGAUCCAUGCACUCCAUGCCAUGCGAGCUGCGAAACCUUAUAAACUGCUCUAAUAUAAAAAGAAUGUGUCUUUCUCUUUGGUGUCCUCGUGAUUCAGUUUUCGCAAACGCAACAACAAGCACAACAUCAUAAAUUCUUUCAUAUCUGUGGAAGCAGCAGCAACGGCCUUGGUCUCAUGCUAGGACCUCCCGGAAAAGGGUCUCAGCCGAUGGGACUUUACCCCGACGGAAAGGGUAUGUAUCCUCACUUCGACGGCAAGGGCGGGCCUGAUGGCAAAGGUAUGCUUCCUGGAGGACCGAUGAUGCCGCCGGGAGGACCGAUGUCAAUGAGCAACGUGUCGAUGGGACCACCACCGGGAAGUGGAAAGCCUGGCGGUUUGGGUGCUGGCGGUCCCCUCUUGAACGGAGCGACCGAUCCAAAUGGACUGCAGCACACGGACAGCGUGCCUCCGCCGGGUUCCUGCUCCUUUCCGGCAUGGCACCACUCUGACCACAGCACAAAGGACUCCACCGGAUCAUCGGAGUCUGCACUCAAUAAGCAAAACGACGAGGAGGACGCAGUCUACUCCUUAUCAUGCGUCGGAGGCAAAAUCAAACAGUUGGUAAAAAUUCUACAGUCUGAUUGGAGGUGAGUCCUAGUAAUAUGACGGGCUGGUCUUCUUGUGUAUCUCUGUCGUGUAAUAUCAUACUCAACAUUAGGCAUCCCAGCCACAUGAUGUGAUGUUGCUAUUUCAUCAUCCUCGUCCUCGUAAUUCUUGGUCUACAACUACAAGACACGUCUACUUUGUUUUUACCAGAUCGCGUCGAUCCUGAAGGACCCGAGCCUGAAGAAGGUUACGGCGCUUGCGCUUAGCAACGAUGACGACCUUGGAGGUCGAGGCGUCGAUGAAAAAGUGACCGAGCUAAACUUCGUUGUUAAUCAUCCUGCAGCUGAAGGCGGCGCAAAAUUUGAUGUCCACUUCCACAUUGUUCGGCAACUUUCGGAUGCGGAAGCCAAAAUGGACAACGACUCGAAUAUUAUUGCGCUCUUUACCUGCGCCAGCAUACUGGAUAUAAAUGCGGUAAUGAAGUAGAUGCUCUUGGCUCUCUCUCCUUUACUCUGAUGCAGGAAUUCGAAUUUGAUCUUUUAUUUACUUAUAACAGAUGAAGAUAUCAACCAGUUUAUUGUAAUGAUCAAUAGCAUUUGCAUUUGAGAUUUUUGUUUUUCAAGGAAAAUGUAAAGAUCUAGAAGAUCAUUGGCAUGAUGUUGAAUGAUGGUGAAUCGAUGAAGCCCUUACGGAAUACAAAAACCGGUCGACCACAUCAGAAGUUCCACCAUAAUAUCGGGGAUGCCAAGAACCACUUGCAGAGAUUGGUCGAUCUUGUGAGGAAACCACGUGUAGUCCUUUUCGUGCUGCAAGACAAGGAUUAUGACUAUCGCAGAGUCUCGAAGGGUCCCAUGAUGUAUGGAAACUUCAUGAAGCACCAAGGCGAGGUACCUUGCGACUUCAUUCAAUACUUUUGGAUUUAAAUAAUAGUUGAUUUCCUCGAUUUUCGACGAAACUGAAGAUACUUCUCAUGUCAUGCAGAUCAGAUUUUUCAUGUUGCUUGGUGACCAUGUCAACUUUUGUAUUUGUAUUUGUUGCUACAACAAAAUAAAUCUAGGUUCACCGACAUGAAUGCUGGCCAGUGCAGCACUCUGACGACAACAUCAUUACGGCAGUCGAAGUCUAUCGCUACGGCCCACCACCGCAACGCAAGAAGAAAAAGCCGGGUCGUGGACAGAAGCGGGGUACCGGCGCGCAAGGAGCCAAUGGCGACCGCUCUCAAGAGAUUUUGGGCGGACCUGAGCGUAGUAUGUCAGCGAUAGCUUCCAAUUCAUCCAUGCUUUCAUGCGGAGCAAUGGGCGGCCCGGACGCGCUGGAUCCCAACUACCCGUCGUCGAGUGGUCCUAUGAUUAUGGGCAGUCCCCAGUUUGGCAGUAUGCCAGGCGGACCAGGCAGCGGACCGCAUCCUUACGGUAUGCAACCUCCCAAUACGGUAGGCAUGAUGAUGCAGCCACCACCGGGAGUUAUGGGCGGAGGCCCGCUGGGGCCGAUUGGCGGUGGGCCUAUGGGAAGCGGACCACCACUCGGGAGUCCCACACAGGGUCCUGGAGGCUCGAAGGGCGUUCCGCAUUGGCCAAUGCACCUGAUGCCAGGCGGCCCACAUUUUGGUGGGCCAGGGCCACCGGGCGGACCACCGGGACCCGGACAUCUAUCUCAACCGCGCGGAGGACCGCUGAUGGAUCUGAAUUUGGGACCCAGUGGCCCAUCCGGGCCCGGCAUGCCUCCAGGCGGAGGUCCGGGCGCACCCUAUCAUCUACCUCCUGGCGGUGGUGGGAAUCUGUUGCCAAACUUCGGCGCGUUCAAUCCGGGCGGGUGUCCGCCGGGCGGCGGUCCGAUGAUGGGCGGAGGUCCAGGAGGCGGCUACAAUCCACCGCAUUUGCAGCAUGUCUCGCCUCCGGGUCCUGGAACCUUGACACCAGGUGGUCCAGGGACAACGAGCAGCGGCAGCGGCAAGCUCGGACAGUCAGUGGGAAUGCAAGGAGGACCUCCGAUGAUGGUUAAACAUGCAGGCUUUGAUGGUGGAAAGUGUGGUACGGACGGACCGGGUGGUCCCCAAGGACCAAUGAUGGUGCAGACAAAAUCAGGCGCACACCCAGCCAACGGAACAACGUCUUCAUCGGGGCUGCCGGCAGGUCCAUCAUCUUCUUCCAGCAGCGCGGGGCCUGCGAACGGAUCUGGCCCUGCAUGUAGUGCUCCUCCGCCCGGACCGCAAAUGAGCAUUCCAGGCUCUUGGGCAGCGGCCGCAGCAGCCGGUGGCAAAAGCAGCGGUUUGAACCGUACAGCCUCCGGUGGUGGUACCAACGGGCCUGCAACAUCGUCGGGGCCAGGAGGAGACCUCUCAGGUAGUGGACCCGAGACGGGCUCUUCGUGUAGCGGUCCCGGAGGAUGUUACAGUAUCAAUCCGAACAUGUACAACAGCGGAUCUUCUUCUGCGACAACAGCGAAUGGAAGCAGCUGCACCACCAGCAGUCGGUCCUGUGGUGAUUCGCGCGUAUCCCCAGCGCAUCCGCACGCAGGAAACGCCGGCGGCGGCUCCAGCAAAAGUCCAGCCCUAAGCAGCACGCACGAAUCGCACAAAGGAGGAGCCGGUGGGGCGGGAACCUCAGCUAUCACACCAACUAGUGGUGCUUCGUCUCGCGAUCCUAAUGCCGCAGCGCGGGGUGGAAUUCCGCUCUCGAAUGCCCCGGGUGGUGCCAAAGGACCCCUUCCUGGUGGCAGUUCAGUACCGAGUGGAGCAGGCGGACCGCAGUCCUCGACAUGGGGUCCGGGAAUUGGAGCUUUAGCGGGAACGAACUCAUCAAAAAUGUCAACCACGUCAAAUGAUCAAUUGGUCGGGGGCGCGUUUCACCACCCGAGCAGCUCGAUGAUGUCGCGACCACCGCUUUCAUCGUGUGGAGGCGCAGGAGCGCCGCUGGAUCUAAGUGUUAGCAUCCCUCCCGCCAACUCCGGAGGUGCAACGUCUCUCUCAUCAGGUAGAACCCCGAGUGCUUCUACGCCGCAACCGUCACCGCCGCCACCGGGUCUUGGUCCGCAGUCCGCCUCUAGCUUGAAUCAUUCAGGUCUCGUGGGAUCCUCUACUCUGCCAAUCGUGAACGACCCACGAUUUCUUGCUGCUUCGGCACACCAAGCUUCUCAUCCGAAUGGGCCACCAGGACCAACGGCAGCCAACGGCAUGAUGCCCACGACGCCAUCAAUGCCUCUCUCGGGCUCAAGCAUGAUGCGCGGCCCAAGCAAAGGAACAAGUCGAUUUGGCCCAACAGAACCAACUGGUAAUCUAUCACUUGAGUAAUGCCAAUUCUUUCUCUUCAUCGAAGUCGAAGAAAAGAUACUAUCGGUAUCGUGUUGUCAGUCUGUCAAGAUCCAUAUUAAGAGAAGAAUCGAAAAAGUCGAAAAGAAGAACACAAUAACAGAUACAGUACUAGCGCAGUCUGUCUUUGUUCAGAACCUCAACCUCCUCCGUUACCAUUGAUCCCAAUGAAAUAAAUGUUAGGUUCCCGCAUGAAGAUGCACAAGUUUUCAGCAACAUCAGGUUCACCUUCUGAUGGAAGCAGCGCUGCACUUCGAGGGUAUGGAGCCGACGUUUCGCCCGCGAUAUAUCAGGGAGACAACGCGGCAGGCUUCCCGGUACUUCCCAAGCUGCCGCCGCCUGCGAUCAGCGCUGCUGGGCCCUCUAGUGGACCAGGAGGCGCAAGUGCAGUGAGCAGCAUGCUCGAAACUACACCACCACCCUUUCCACCGCCGGGUCUCGAUGACGCACGACGAAGCGGAGGCUCUGGUCCAGCGCCGAGCGGCUACAACAAGUAUCCGGUAUUAAAAUUAUUUCACAAAAUCACACUAUCACUACCGCUUUUUUGAAUUUGAAAUUCUUCAUGAUGUUGAUUUCACUUGUUGCAACAUCAGCCUAUGAUCAAUCUUUGGAUGUUGAGAAACAGAUAGUAUAACAACUACAGCAAAGUAAGAUUAAGAUGAAAGAUGAAAAUUGAAGUAAUUACUACGUCGUACAUCAACAUCAACAUCAACAUCAACUACAGCCGCCACCCGGACUGGAGCCGAUAAGUGCAGGAAAAGGCCCGAUUGGAAAAAGGCUGUGA